ACGAUUUGAGGUUUGGGUGUCAACGUGUCGAAUGUCAGUCCCAUGAUGCAGUUUUGAUAAGAUUAAGGAACAUGAGAUGUAUUACAUGAGGAGUAUUGUUGCAGACACAGAACAGCGUGAAAGCCAAAGGGCUGACAUGAAUCUCUACAUGCUUGCUUUUAAAUGGGGUUUCAACUGAAUUCUAUGUGAAAUGCAUGCAAGGAUUGUGUGUCCGUUCUGCUGGGGAGUUUUGCCUGUGGUGAUGAAUGUGUUUUCAGACGAAUGGUUAAACAAUGACGUCCAUGAUCAGAUUACUACUAUUGUUACACAGGAGUUUUCAGGUAGACCUUAGAUGUCAAGUAAGGCUUACAUCUGGAGCUGAGGUGAACAUUCCCCCUUGAAUCUGACGUGACAUAACAUCGCAUACCGCAGACAGAACCAGGAAGUGUCAGCUUCAAGAUGAAUCUACUUGCAAGGAAAUGAGAAACAAAACAAUGUGGGAUUGAUUUUCUACCACACCGAGAAUGCUGCUUAUUCAAAUCAAAGAAACUGCAAUUACGUUUUUGUUUGAAAAGAACGAAAAAGCAGGUAUCCGUUUGUAGCUAAUGUUAACAUCAAGAGUUUUAACGGCAGACAUAAAUCAAACAAGUCAAAUCGGUUGGGGAAGUUAAUUUUGAGAAUUCUGUAAAGAGGAAGUUAACCAUUGCGUCUGGCACAUCGCUGCUUUAUGUUUCCAGCAAGUCUAGUGAGGUCAUUCUGAUCUGUGUAGAACACCACACUUCGAAUCAUCCGCCUCAGAAUGCAGCCCUGUCAAAAACUUGACAAGACAUUCUAUUCCGAAUGUGUGUAUUAAGGUUAACGGUUCUUGAUGAGAAGCUGAGGUUUGAUCACACUGAGCUCUCUACAGAUGCUUCAUUCAAAAAGGUCACAUUUCAGUGGCAUUUAUUUACUUUUUACAGAGCUGUGGUUGUGGGACUUGUAUAAUCUGAACACAUGUCACAGAAUCAGGAGUGCAGCACUGGAAUGACAAAUGAAAGUGCUUCGUGCAGGCAAUGGAUACCUUGAGUGGGAAUAGAAACAGCUGCACCUUGCAAAUUGUCAUCACAGCUAGUGGAUAUAGCUCUGGCACCAGAUUAUUAUACCAUGCUCAGACAGUGCACCAUUAUUUUGAUGACCAGAUGGUGCUCAGGUGCGUGCAGUCCAUAUCUGGUGACCCUUGGUAACUAAGAUACCUGGAGUUUGAGAAUGAGUUACAAUUCUCACUGAGGAGACCUCAGAUUAGGUUGCCAUCGAUAUUGUAGGAGAAGUUGUUGAUUAGUUAUUGAGACCAUCUGUCCACGUGUUUGGAUAAAUCUAUCAUGGUAAUACAGAUCCCUGACAGUGUUGAAGGUGUGUGGUCUGAAUUUUACAACUGUCCCAGGAUUUUGGAAAGUUGUGCAUGGUUUCAGACUAAAAUUUAAUCCUUGUCAGAUUUUGUGUGAUAAACAUGAACUUGAAUGUCCUUCAAAUGAAGAUAGAACUUUGGGGGAAGCAGUCAUAUAUUUCUACAUAACCAUCUUUCCUUAAGGAACCCUGUGACCCUAAGUAAACCUUGACGGAAUUUGCAAGACGAGUUCAUUCAAGUCAAGCAGAACUGAAAUCGGUGAAAACGUUGCAUCUCACAUAACUCAGAGAUGUAACCAUUUUCCUUUAUGGAAUAGGAAAUCAAGAGGAUGUUUUUGUCAGAAUAGACUGUUUGAUGUCUGUGGUCUAUCUUGUGUCUACGCAGUGAUUUUCUUGAUGGAUUGGCUAUUUUACCCAUGAAGACCAAGCAAGAUAGGGGCUCUGACAGAUUUAGUGGAUCAGCAAGAUAAUUCUGACAUGAUGAAUAUCCGUUGUCGAGCCUGGAUGUGAAGAAUACUGAUAGGUGGUACUGUCAUGGACAAGAUGCUUCCCUGACAGGAUUUUCAGGAUGUUGGCUUCUUGUGUAGCAGCAGGGUGUGAUGUUCGGUAUCCUGGGAUGGAUGGAUACUGGAGUUAUUAUUGCCUGGCCACUUUUAAUGGUUGAUAUAUACAGGAAUCUGAUGGAUGGUGUUGUCACUGUAACUUACUCUGAUUAGAUGCUGUCAUCUGUGAUUGGGAGGUUAUGAUUUACCAAACUAUGUCAGAUGUAGUUAUGAACUUGGAAUGUGAAGUGUUACCAUUGCCAGAGCUCAGUUGAAGACAUUCAGAGUUUGCUUCACUUGUGGUGAUUUUGUAGAAACUGAGCUGAUAAACAGAGUUGCCUAUUCUACUGAUGAUAAGGUUGGGAUUUGAGGUCUUCGCUAUUUAUACCAAUCAGGUGAUCAUAGCAUUGAUGGAAACAGAAAUUAUACCUGCCUGCAGUCUGUGCCAAAAAUAUCUUGAGUCUACUUGCCCAGACUUGGCUAUAAUCAUCAUUUUCUUAAGUUUUUGUUGGUAUUUUUCGACUUUUACUAACUGAGCUUAUGAGACCGAACAGAAGUUUUCUAGACUCGGGAUUCGGACUAGUAUCUUAAGUCUUUGGGAUGAGAUUUGACUUUUGACUUGUUUGACAAUAUAUACAGUAUAAUGAUUACUACAGUCAGUGAACAUGCAAAAAUGUAAGCAGAAUGAGUAUGUUAUGACCUAGUGUUCAGCAGGAUGUAUUGACAAAGUCUGAUCACAUUGCUUGCCAGUUCUGUCAAGUCAGACAAUUAGUGGUAGAUCAACAUGUUCUAGAUUUCUUGCUGUCAGGAUACGUGCGUACAUGGAAGAUUCCCUAUUAACCUUGUCAUGAACUGAUAACGAGAUCAAUCACAAUCAACCGAAAAUUCCCAAGAGUACCCUGAACUACUAAAUCAUCAGUUCCUGAACACAGUGAUACAUUCUGAGGCCAAGCUGUCUCAGAUGUCUAGUGUUAUGUGUUAUGUGACAUCAGUAUUUUCCUUACAGUUAAUAACAGAGUGGUGACUUCAAGGCUGUUUAUGAACUGACAUUGAUCAAGAUCUUCAUAAAUACAUUCCUGUUGAUCCCAAGUUCACAUGAUCAGGAAGCCUGGACAUUGCAAGGAGUGGACAAUACUCAUCAAACUAUAUAUAUUUCUGUCCAACUCAGACUGACCUGUGGUGAUCAAGUGUAUUGUACAAAAUCUAUUUCCAAAACAAGGAUAGAUCCCAUGAGCCUGUGAAGUAAUUACAGCUCGACCAAGUUGCUCCCAGUAGAUCUCAAUCAAGAGAAUGACCAUUGGUCAAACCUAACCCCGUCUCAAGCGGUUGUGUUUCUCAAUAACACUAACUUAGAUCCCCUCGGUUGGGACUGCUGGACGAAAUCAAUUUCAGAUAGUGACAGGGUGCAGUCAAUCUCCUCCAUGUGUAUGUCAGUAGUGCUAGCCCUAUUGACAGGCUACCGAAGUCUUCACGCCAUUAUACAAGGUAUUGUACACGAGAACCCCCGAAUCGGAUCUGAUGGAGAGAGUGAGGAGGUGUCUGUCACGUCGGACGAGAAGGAGGAUGUCAUCUCCCCUGUCCGACUCCGCAACAAGCAGAGGAGGUUUAGUGAGGAGGUGACAAAGAGGUUGUCUCUACCUGCUGACAUCCGUCUUCCAGAGAAUUUCCUAGCACGCCAAAAUCUGACCCUUAGUCCCGAUGGCCAGCUGUCUCGGAGGUCACGGAGGAAGUCACUGUCUGAAAUUGGUUUUGGAAAGAUUGAAUCUUACACCAAGCUGGACAAGCUUGGGGAGGGAACAUAUGCAACAGUGUUCAAAGGGAAAAGUCGACUUACUGACAACCUGGUAGCCUUGAAGGAAAUCAGGCUGGAGCAUGAAGAAGGCGCUCCCUGUACCGCCAUCAGGGAAGUGUCCCUGCUAAGAGAUCUGAAGCAUGCCAAUGUCGUCACGCUACAUGAUAUAAUUCACACGGAGAAGUCUCUGACACUUGUCUUUGAAUAUCUCGAAAAGGAUCUCAAACAGUAUAUGGAUGACUGUGGCAACAUAAUGAGCAUGACCAAUGUUAAGAUAUUUUUGUACCAGUUAUUACGAGGUUUGGCGUACUGUCACAAACGUCGUGUUCUCCAUCGAGACCUGAAACCACAAAAUCUUCUAAUCAACGAGCGUGGGGAGCUGAAACUAGCAGACUUUGGUUUAGCCAGAGCAAAGUCAAUUCCAACCAAGACAUAUUCAAAUGAAGUGGUCACAUUGUGGUACCGCCCACCGGAUGUGUUGCUAGGGUCCACGGAGUACUCAACACAGAUUGAUAUGUGGGGAGUUGGGUGUAUUUUCUACGAGAUGGCAUGCGGCAGGCCGCUGUUCCCCGGCUCCACAGUGGAGGAUGAGCUCCACCUUAUCUUCAAGACACUCGGAACUCCUUCAGAUGAAGAGUUCUCAGGAAUCGCGACCAAUGAGGAGUUUGUCUCCUACAACUUUCCAUUCUACAGACCAGAACCUCUCAUCAAUAUAGCACCAAGAUUGGAUUCUGAUGGUUUAGACAUUCUGUCCAGAUUUUUGAAGUACGAGGGGAAGAGCAGGAUAGCGGCUGCCCAGGGGAUGAAGCAGCCAUUCUUCACCAGCUUCGGGCCUUCAAUACUACGGCUGCCUGACACUGUUUCCAUAUUCACACUACCAGGAGUGUCUCUACAUCGUGACCCUGGGAUGAGGUCGUCGUCCGUAGCAACAUCAGGCAACCGUCGUCGCCAAAGUAUGCUGUUCUGAUGAAACAGGAACUUAGACAAUGGAAUAAUCUAACUGUACACACUACCAGGUGCUCAGGGGUACAAGGAAAGAGACCCCUGGAGGUGAGCUGCUCAAGGGGGGUAAUCCAUGCCCCAACAGAGCAUGAGUCCCGCCCAGAGUUGUAGGCCCUGAACUGGGAUUUCUGAGCAUGAUGGACAACUGCAGAUAAAACAGAGAUCAAAUCUGAUCAUGAAAAUGAUGAACAAUAUAUCGUCUGGGUGAUCAUGCAGAUCAGCUGAGAUCAUAAGAAAAUAUGAAUGCAAAAAAUGAGAAGGAGAAACGCCAUAUGAUGGGUAUAUAUUCCUGGUUGAGGCUUCACGAAGGAUAUCAUGGUCUUAACUACAACCAAGAUGUAAUAUUUGUGUAUUUAUUUUGUCAUUAUAUUAAUGUAAUUUAUUUAUUUUGCUAAAAUUCAACCACAGUAUCAAGUGGGAAAUGCUAUUUCUUUAGAAAAACAUAAUGGCGUAAGACUUCUGCAGGCAGAAUGUAUUGGGUUUGGGACUGUUUGAUCUUAUCACUGUGUAUUUGUGCUGAUAGUUCUUGUAAGUAGGCGUCUCAAGACUGGCUUAUUGAUGACUAGUAUUUAGGCAGAUAGCAUGUGUGAUCAUGUGAUUUUCAGACUGAACUGACUCUACUGUGCUUUGCUAUAUUUCUGUUUGAAUCAGUUUUCAUCAUAAAAUAUAUUAAAAAAUCUGAUCACACAUAAAUCAAGGUCAAGGUCAAAACAAGGCUUCACGCAUUGUCAUUCUAUUUUUUAUUUUCAUGUUCAUGACAAGAAAUGAGAAACAAAUGGAUGGAUAAGAACAAAACGUUUGCAGCAGAAAUAUGGCAAAGCACAGCAGAAUAGCCAGAUUAUUGGACAAUGUUUGUUAGGAAUGGGACUUUAUAGCCAUAUCCUCAGGUCUUAGAUAUUCAGAUAUACAAUAUUUAGAAAUACACUUUAUGUAAAGGCAUUUAUGUACAUGCUCUAUUUUCGUCCGAUGUUAUGUUUUAUCCUCUCAUUGAAUGUCCUUGCCAUGCUGUUUUAUUGUCAUUAUACAAAAUGUUCAUUUAUGGCUCAAAGAGCUGCAAAUACAUGCAUGUGUACCUCUUCAUUCAUCAAUCUGGGGCCAUUGAGGAAUAAGGUGAAAAACUGGCUUUAAUACAAUCUAUUUUCUAAUUUCAUUAAUAGCUUGCUUGAAUGGCUGAAUCCAAUAUCUAAAAUUACGGCAAUAAUUAAAGAAAAUUAUUUAAAGCAUGUAAGUUUGUUUGUAUAUAAACAAGACCGGAUAAGGAGAUAUUAAAACAACGUAUCGGUGCUUACUUUAAUGCAAUGUAGCGUUGACUGUUGAGAUGUAGAAUUCUAUGGACCUAGGAGACACACAAGUUUAAAUAUGGUCAGAGAAUUGUGGAAAUUAUAUUUUGUUAAGGAAAUGAAUAGUCAGAACAACUAUUGGGUUUUGGCACAAGGAAAAGUGUGAAAAUUGUGUAUCUGAGACCAUUAAAUAUAGUUGCAUUCUGGUUCAUAUAUUAAACAAUCUUUUCUUCUGUAUUUUCUGUAAGCAUCAAGUCUCCGUGGACACAAGAUCAUCUGACAUCUAUAACAGUCAAUACACUAAAUGCUUUAGCUUCCCGUGUAUUUGAAUUAGGAGUGCUUUUGAAAAUUUAGUGAACAUUUAUUAGUAAUGCAUAGUUUAUGAGUGAUUGAUUUUGGUGUAUUUGUCAGUUUUUGAGGAUCAGAAAAGUGCCAAAAUAUUGUCAAUAUGGAAAAAAUGGCUUCAAACAUAAAUAUCGCUGUGCGUUAGUCUAGUUGAGGUGUGUUCUCAUGGUCUACACAGACAGCUGUGUGUUCUGUACCAAUAGGAUUUCCUCUAUGUUGAGACGUGAAGUAGGAAUUGAAACAUUUUUUAAUUAAAAAAAAAGAUAUUAUUUCUGGUAUUGGCACAAGCAAGCAGGGGAUGAUGCUGCCCAGUAUUUGAUCUGGCUGAAGACUUUCAGGAAUCAUUAUUUAAUCUCAGUAUGUGUGUUAGUGUCAUAAUCAUUGUGCUAUCAUUUCCAUGUCGUGAAGCGACUUCUACACAUAUACACAUCUCAUAUACACAUUUUAUCAAUAAAUUGUGAUCUAAUUAAUUUGUACAUUUACUCACCUGUACAGAUGGAAGAAAAUCUACCUUUUAAUUUGAUAUAUUACUUGAUCUUACAAACCCCAUGACAAGUUGAAGGAAGCUGGAACUAACAUGUGGUCAGUGAAAGAGGGAGAGGUGAAAUUAGGUUCUUAACAAUGUAGCAGUAUGAGUGGUUUGAUGUUUUACUCCUCUUAAAAAUUUCAGUCUUUAGAACACAGCUGUUUAAGAACUGUGUGUAACUUGAAACAUGCAGAUAUCAUCUAGCAUGUAUGCGGUAAACGUGUUUUGUAUUUUAGGACGUGUUAUCUUUGGUAAAUAUGUCUUAAUAUACUAUUCAAAAGAAGUUAAGGAAUGGAUUGUUUCAUAUAACUAAAGUAAGUCUGUCAUUCCAUGACUGAUUAAUUCUAGUAAUGAAAGAAUUGGGUGUUCUUUAAUGCUGUUUGAGUAGUACAUAAGUGAAACUGAAGUUUUAGUGUAGGUUUCAAAUGAAUGAUUCAGAGGUAUCAAAUCAAUGAAAAAUAUUCCUACAAAAUUAUAAUAGUCUGUUUAUCACAAUUUUCCAUGACAAAAUAACGCAAAUGGUUUAGUGAUUGUAUUGGUAUUGGAUGAUUGGGUCUGUUUUUGAGACAGACAUUUAUUUUAGAGCUAUUUUUUCUGUUAGAUUUGUACGUGAUUUUCGUGAAUGUACGUAACUCAAAAUCAUAUCAUCUGGUCCUGAUUCAGUGUAGACACAUUUUGGAAGGCCAUCAGUGACAGUAUACAAAGGAACUGAGCCUAAAACCAGAACAUCAGAGCAUUGUGGUGCAGUGAACUGCAUAUGAGAGUAAGCAGCAUCAAGAUAUUAUUCAGAAGAGUGUUUCCAGACACUGGAUUUAUAAAGGGGAUUACAUCAAAGCGUAUAAUGUGUCAGAAUGGCACAGUGGAAUGAGAACUGCAAUUCACUGUGCAGAGUUGCAUCCCCUAGCAGUGCCAUGAUCAAGCUCUUUCCCAGCAUGUGACACCUUCGUUACACUCUCGGUAACAUCGCUGCCACCAGUGUGGGUGCAGCCAUUACUAAAUCUUGAAAUUUACCCUCUAACUCCAAAUGCAGUAACGUUCAUACUUUUGUUUAUGUCUUUAGGAAUGCCAUCAUUGUUCAUUUUGACAAAGUUUACGACUGACCAUGUUUUCCAGAUGAACUUACUUUGUUGUUUGUAUAAUCAGAUUGGUUAGAGAUUGCAGACUAACGGAAAAUCAACCAACUUCUCCCUUACAUUCUCACUAUAUCAAUUAC